AAUGCGGGAAGUGGCCGGGCUGCGGCGCCUGGCGGGCACCGAGACGGGCCGGGCUGGGCCGGGCUGGAUCGAGGCACCGUGAGCGCUGGCAGAGCGCCCGCUCCCAUGGCCUCCGUACGUGAGCGCUGGAUGGCAAGUGUCAGCCAGAAAAGGAUAAUACAAAUAACUGGAUUUACAAAAAAAGAGAAGGUGGAACUGGUCAAAUGCCUGUUCAAGCUGAACUGUGUUUUUAUAGAGAGUAAGAAAUACAGAAAUUGUACACAUCUUGUAGCAAAAAAGCUGUGCAAGAGUGAAAAGGUCUUAGCUGCCUGCGCUGCUGGAAACUGGAUACUAACUAAGGAGUACAUAAUUAAUAGUGCUGAAAGUGGCAGAUGGCUUGAUGAAACAACGUACGAAUGGGGAUAUGAAAUUGAAAGAGACACCCAUUAUUCACCUCAAUUGCAAUCUGCACCUAAAAGAUGGCGUGAAGAACUGACAAACUCUAGUGCUCCUGGGGCCUUCUACAGAUGGAAAGUUGUUCUCCCUGUUAAGAGAGGAGAUAAACGAAUGGCAUGUAUUAGAAGAGUUCUUAAAGCUGGAAAGGCAACCAUAUGUUCAUCAUAUGAAGAGCACAAUAUAACUCAUGUAUUCAUUGGUGGUAAAAUUUCUGUUUUACAAAAUAAAAAGUGCCUCUCUGAAGCUCAACACUACCCUGUGCAAUAUAUAGGACAUUACCUUUUUCAAAGUGAAAUACAAAAUCCCAAAGAUACACAGAUGAACCAUUUCUUGGACGCACAAGAAACAGACCAAGUCAUGCAUAAAAUGCAACUUGCUGAAAUGAAAAAUGUUAUUAUAAAACAUAUGUAUUUUACUGCGACUAUUAAGCACAGACUUAUGCAAACAGACCAGCUGAACAAAUGCGGUCCAGAGAUUAGAAGUACUGACUGGUCCAGGGGCACUUGGUCUGUACUUCAAGGAUUAGUGGAAGAGGACAUACUUGAUGAUGUAGUCAGAGAACUUGCUGCAGGCCAUAUGUACAGUGCCCCUCCUGUGAAACUUCUUCAUCCUCUUCUAAGAUACGUCCUAUUGGGAAAUUCCGAUGCAAUGUUUUUUGCCAAGCUUUGUCAUGUUUUUUACCUUGUUCUUCAUUGUGAACCUCCGUGGAAGUCCCCAUCUAUGUUAAAGUACUAUUUGGAUCUUCUUCAGUGUCCUAUCUGUAGGAAAGGGACAUGGUCCUUGAUAGAGAUGCUUGUAAGAUCUUGCCUUUAUUGUGAAACAAUUUGUCAUACAGUCACAGUUUCAGGAAGAGAAGAUGAACUGAGGAUGGUUCAUAAAACAUUAUUGAAGUUUUUUUCUGAUUUAGUAAAAGGCGAAGUAGAGUUCCUGACAAAAAGUUUGGUUGAAGGAACAAAUUCACAGCAUCAACAAGCCUUGCCACAGACAGUUCUUCUGAAGACAUUCUUGCUUGAAAGUGGAACUGCAGUUCUUUUUACCAAACACAUAAAUAUUCUAGCAGAUUGGGUCAUAUUUUCCCAUAGAGAAUUGAAUGGAAAAAAUGAUGCUUUCAGAAGUGAAAUUGCUGGUCUAUUAAAUGCAAUUCUUGGAACUAUAGUGGACUAUUGGAUCAUCUCAGGUUUGCUUAUGGACAGAAAUGUGUUUCAUCAAGUACCUGAUUUGACACAUUACCUUGCCAUUUCGUGUGAUGAUUUUUCUGUAUGUCAAUUAAAAAUGUUUGUUUGUGCCAUACCAUCCGAUUGGCUUCAACUGUUUCUUGCAGAAGCAAUUUUCAAACAAAUGUGUUUACAGAGGAAUAUUGCUGUUUCUACAGAACCUCUUUCUCUUCAGAAAAUAGUCUGUUCCUAUUCACCUGCUUUGCGAGAGAUAGGGAUGCGUGAGACAAAGAUACACAAAGCAAAGAAAAUAGGGCAACAGCUAUGCCCUGAGUCUCAAAGGACAUUACAGAUGCUAAAUGGCGAUAAGCAGAACCAAGUCAAAGUGCUGCCUGAUCUACCUGACUUAAUCUCAAAUAAGCUUAGAGCAAAAGCAGAAUUUCAGACUGCACACACCAAAGAGAGUUACCUUUUGGCUGUAGAGGUACACAAGAGAGAUAUUAAAGGAGAGACAACCCUGCAUAAAGCUUGCAGAAAUAACAAAGUGGAAAAAUUGAUUCAGCUUCUUUCUUUGCCGGGAACAGAUAUUAAUGUUAGAGAUUGUGCUGGCUGGACGCCUUUGCAUGAAGCCUGUAACCAUGGUAGCACAGUGUGUGUCCAUGAAAUUCUGGAGCGUUGUCCAGAGGUAGACCUACUCAGUCAAGUGGACGGGGUAACUCCUUUACAUGAUGCACUGUCAAAUGGACAUCUAGAAAUUGGCAAGCUCCUACUUCAGCAUGGGGAACUGCCAGGGAUCUACGUGGGAUGGCAUCAGCUUCAAAGGUUUGCCGGCACCAGCUGUCCCCAGAUGCAGAAGCACUGUGCCAUCUCCUGCUUCUCCAGCUCCACUACUGCUGCUCCCAUGGGAGCAGCACAUCAUUCCUAACAAGGUGCAGACUGUUAGGAUAGCCUAUUUUAUUCACACAGGCCCUUUCAGCAGAGAGGACAAUUUAGCCCUCCAAACUUAAAAAACUUGCUUCUUCCAAAAUUUUAAACUCAUUGCAUGUUUUUGUGAUACUCAGAAAAGCAACAACCACCAGCCACACUGAAAGAAUGCAAGGAUAGCUCUCUUCUUCAACUUUCAGUAGUCUUUGUAUUAUUUAUUGUCUAGUAAAUGAAGUUGAAAUGCUUUUCAGCCUUGGCUGCAAAUUCAGUACCCAGUUGCAGUCCGACAACAGCAAGGAAUAAAGCUGCCAAUGUAAAAUAUCUUUUUUUCUCCUUUGUAAUUACUUUCUGUAGUUUGCAUUAUUUCUCCUGGAUAUUCACUUUGUCAGAUCUGGGGCACAGAAAUACUAAGUAAACAGGGAAAAGGGAUGUGAAAUUUUUAUCACAGAAACAACUGGCUAGGAAGUGAUACCAUAUUCAAGCUUUUCGCAGAGAAAACAUGGAACAGAGCAGGUGCCAUUCUUCCAGAAAGCUAUGCUACUCUAGUCUGACGGUUUGAGAUUACAUAUAUAGACACUUGAGGUGUUCAGACUUUGUGGCACAACAGUUAUCUGAGAGGUUGUAAUAAGCAGCUCCACUGGAUUAAAACAGAUUUUUGAAAAGCAGCAGCUUAGUGUUUAUUUGCACCUUAAAAACAGUCUUUGCUACUUUAGCACAGUUAUUUGCUCUCAAACAGAUGGAAGGGAGCUCAUGCACAGCAUGGGGUGGACAUGAGCGGGGGCAGAAAGAGAACAGUCAAGAGAAAUGAGCGUAUUAAGGCCAAAUACUUUUACCAACUUCUCAAAGUAUUUCUCAGGCUUUCAGAGACCGGUGAGGCAGGGGUUUCCACAGUUGUUUGCUCCUAGUUACUCUCAACGGCUUUUCCUUUCCUGAGUUUGCCCACUCUUAUGUCCGACCUACAUAAGCUUCAAGAACCCAUACCAUUGUUAGUUUUUCAACUAUUUCCCCCCAACUUCCUUCAGAGGUUUUAGGCAAACACCAUCCAGUCUGGAUAAUUUGUUACUAUUAAUUUUGUUGAUUUUUUUUCCUGUAACUUCUUUUACCAAAACUUGAUUUGAAGCAGACAAACCCUAUGGAAACUUCACCAAGGUCUUUCACAAUGAAUACAUAUACAAGAAAUCACAAUUACAGUAAUUUCACUAACAUAAGACGCACUG